AUGCCCUGGGGCAAGUCGCGCAAGCGCAGCAUGGACGUGGCUGAUGAUGGUUGGAGUCCGAUCUCUUGGGCUGCUAGAUGUAUCGAGGACGAAGAUACAGUAGGGAUAAAAUCCGAAGAUUGCGAUUUUUCAAAGACCAUUAAGUUGCUCAUCGACAAUGGUGCCGACACAAGCGUAAGGCGUACCAUAUACGAUAAAAACUUUGAGGCUCACGAAGUUGGACCCUGGGAGCUGGCUCAGCGCACCGGUCAUUCGCCCGAAGUGCUUGAACUUUUGAAGCCCAGCAGCAGCAGUGGCAGCGGCACAGAGGUCCCCAAGCAGCCCUCUGGAGACCUCAGUAGCAGUCCGGGUAUUAGAAGUGCUGCCAAAUCUGAGGCCAAUCCUAACUCAACUAAACUACACCGGCCGAAACUAGGUCGGUGGAAGAGUGGGAUGGAGGACUGUCAGAUUUGUUAUGCGGCAAUUUACGGCAUGGUUUACAAAUGCCAGAGUCCCAAGUGUAUACAUUAUUAUGUAUCGAACAAAUGCCUAGGAUCCGUUAGGCUAUUUCACAAACCGGAACUGCUGGAGGGUAGCGAGUACAACGAGGUUGAGGCCCAUGGGUUUGUCGAUCUGAAAGACCGUGAAGUCCCGGAUGUACUUGAUACGGAUUCCGAAGACUGGUCUCUAUCUUCUGAAGACGAUUGA